CGGGAGUUGUGCAAACACGAAAACUACGUAACAGUAGCAGAAAGUUUCGUGAAUUAUAUUGAAGUUUAUUUUUAUUUAUUACCACUUCCUAACACAUAUGUUUUCGCUGCUGUGAAGCGUCUGUGCGUGAAUUUACGGUUACAGGUUGCUGUCAGAAUUUAGAAUGGAUUGUUGCUCCGUGCAGAAUACAUUCUUGUUAAUUUUGCUUGCUUUAUUAGUAGGUCAAGGCGAUGGUAGAUGGAAAAAAUCAAAUAGAGAAAUGCUUCAGCACGAUGUAAAAUUAUUCAAAAAGAUGACUGAAAAAAUCAAAGACGAACUCGGAGCAUAUUACGAGGAAUACUCAGAUGAACCAUUUGCGGAUUAUUUUUUUGAAGAGAUAGAUUAUUUGCAGAGUAGAAUUGAGAGAAAUAUGAACAGAAAAACGAGAACAGGCAGACGUAAAGAAAUAAACAAUUCUAAUUUUGAUGACGAAAAUAAUUCUCCACAACGUUAUACAAAAAACGUGUUAAAGAACAUUCAGGCUUCAGUAAAAAACGUCACUUUUGAAUCAAGUGAUAGAAGUUAUGAGUGGCCUAGUUUUGAAGAUAUUUUAUCAGAAAUGGGAAAAAAGUACGAUUGGAAAAACGACCGAUGGAUAAAAGUAAGGACUAAAAUAAAGAGGAAAAACGAAGCGAAGCCAACAAUACACUCUAAGAGUAGUAUCGAACACCUUAAACAUAACUUUAGGUAUAGAAUUGUAAAAUUAAAUAGGGGGAAAAGCAAAAGAAAUGUUGUGGUAGCUGUGACAGCAGUUAGAUAGAAAAAUUAUGUCAGUACUCGUGAAAUGUUAAAGCUUAUUAAUGGGG